AUGGAAAAUAAUAGUAGACAUAACACAAGCACAAUAACAGAGUUAGCAAGUGAGCCUCCUAUUCCGGGUACCAUUGCUCAUAAGCAUACACAUCAAGAAAAAGAUAACAGCAGCAUUCGAUAUACGAACUCACAGGAUAAUACCUCACUAAACAACAAUGAUCAUACUAGUAAGGAAUAUUUAACAAGUCUACCCACGCAUAAUAAAGUGCGCCAAAAACAUAGUGAUAUGCGAAAUUAUCAACCCAUCCCAACUCGUGUUACAAGAACAUCAAGAAAACCGAGGAUAAAUC